UUGCUGGACGUGGAAAUUGAACCUAGAAUUCUUAUCUUUCAACAAGAGAAUCAUUGACAACUUACCACUCAAGCCAACUCCCUUUUUGAAGUUAAUCAUAAACUAUCUUCUUCUAUAAACAUUAGGUGGUCCAUUUAAUGUGAAAUGUGAGCAAUCAAGCCCUCCACAUCCUGCAUGACAAUAACAGCAAACAAGCCCAACGUUGAGUGCACAAUGGACAGUUGAAGUCGGUCCACUUUGAGAAGGCCAAUUGGACUUCUGGGCCGUGCUGACAAAAAAAAUCUAAAGCCCAUUAUUCCCUAAUCAGCCGCGUGUCUUGAUCUCUGCAGAUUGCCUUUUUAUCGUCAUUGGUGGUGAAGACUCAACAAUGAAGAGACAAGUGUCGUCUGGAUUCGGAGAUAAAGGCGGUUCCAGUGGCUCGUGACUCGCAACUCAGAGACUCUCCAACUGAAAAAGCCUUGAUUCGCUGGAAAUGGCCCUCUCCACUCGGAACCCUCUGUUGUUCAUGGCCGCGUCACUCUAAAAUCAAUAGCCACGCGGUUCCCUCUAGCUCCCCGCGUCCUAUGCAAUCACUUCUAACCUUGUAUACAGCCAACACAAGAAAGGCAUUCGUCUUUUUUCGUUCUCCCUCUUCUUCUUUCUUUGUUAGGGAUUCACGACAGAAGGAAAUAUCUACUUUUGUGUGAGUACUUCCGGUAUAUUUCUAUUGGGUGCAUUGGGCUAAAAGGCCAAAGCAAGUUCUAGACUUUCUUUGGAUACGAUUUCUGAUCAAAAAGUAAGAUUUCUUCUCUGCUUUGAGCAAAUAGCAUACUUACCCUCUUUUACACGGUUUUCAUGGGACUUCAGAGUCUUUGACUUGAUUUAUAUCGAAAGGGUUCUCUCUAUUUUCUGUGAGCUUUGGUAUUGUUUUUGCGAAUUCAAGCUCCAUAAAGAAGAUAUGAGACUGCAUAGUUUGCAUAGUUGGAAUCUUACAGUCCCUCAAUCAAUAUAUAAUAUUCCAAAGCCUGCUUGUUCUGGAUACUGUUAUUCUUCAAUGACCAAUCGUAGUGGAAUCAGAAGUUGGGGCUUUGGUUUUCGAUUAGUUCAUCAAUCAACCGGUUUUGAGUCAUGUAAUUCUAAAGGUAGAGGUCUAAAGAGAUUUUGCACUGCCAAUUUUGAUGAAGUUUCCAACGAUGAGUUAUCGAAACAGAUUGAAGAGUUUACCGAAAAUUUCAGUUUCUGCGAGGAUGAGCAUGACAGUAGCAAUAGCAAGGAGAGUUCUUAUGCAGUAUCAGAUGCUGGCAAUGUUUUGGAAGGCAUGAAUAGCAGGAAUAUGUGUUCUUCGACGCCAUUUUCUGUGUUGAAUGUUGAAAUGCUUGAGCCUAGUUUGCUUGGAAUCAAGCCAGAGCCACCAGAAUGGCCAGAGAGAGAUGAGAUUGUUAGGAUUGGCAUUGAACGCAAAGCAAAUUGUGGUGAUAUUCCUUUAUCGCUACGAAUCAUUAAGAAAAAACGACAGUGGCAAGAGGGUUUUGUAGAUGCUGGGGAGUUUGCAUACUGUUCUGUAAAGAAGGCCUUUUCUUCGAUGGUGUUUAUCAUAAGAGAGCUCCAAACCUAUGCCUUAGAUAUAAGGCAAAGCCUCUACUGUGAAGAUUUACAAGUGAUUAUGUUUAAGGUUCAAAGGGAGAUGAAUGCAUCAUUUGUUUGGCUGUUUCAACAAGUCUUUUCAAGAACUCCUACUCUCAUGGUCUAUGUCAUGAUCCUUUUAGCUAAUUUCACGGUGCAUUCAAUGGCUGAUAAUAUUGUCAUUGCAGCAGUUCCAUCCCCUAAAAUGUUAUCUAGUGGGACUGUCUCAUUGUUAGAGCAGACGAAUCAAGAAAGCACACUGAAUUCUGCUGUCUCCUUACUGGAUAUAUCUGAUGUGGGAUUGGUUGGAAAUCAAGGAAUGGCUUUGGAGGAGGUGAGGUUGUGGAAAUCUAUUGUGGAAGCAGCUUCAAGAAUUCAAGGGGAAUCGAGAUUUAAGAACUUCGAUCAUGAGACAAUCAAGAACUUGGUGUCGCCAGUUACUGUUGAGAUUGAACCGGAUGAUUAUGAGGAAUAUUCUAGGAUGGAUCUUCUUUACCAAAUGAGUGUAGCUGAGGAGCCAAAUAAUCCGCUUCUGCUCACAAAUUAUGGGCAGUUUCUACACCUCGUUGCUCAUGAUCAUGACAGGGCAGAGGAGUGCUUCAAGCGUGCCAUAUUGUUGGAACCACCGGAUGCUGAUGCAUUGAGUCUAUACGCCGACUUCUUGUGGGUAGUCAGGAAAGACUUGUGUGCAGCAGAAGAGAGAUACCAGCAAGCAAUAGAAGCAGAUCCUAACAGCCCACAUUACAUUUCAAAGUACGCUUACUUCCUGUGGGGCACUGGUAAUAAAGAGACCUGUUUUCCUGAGGUUAUGUAAUGGAAAACAACACUUCUCUAAAAGCUUGAUGCCAUUAUAAUGUUGUAUAUUAUUCCCCUGGCAAAUACAACUUUGCAUAAAUUUUGUUUCUUGGUGCAGUUCUUAUAGUUCUUACAUAUCAAUACCAUUAUUGUCUAGUAUGCUAUUCACUCAA